UCAGUGAAGGUUUGGUCCUGGGCACCUGUAUUUGAGUCGUGCCACAGGCGGGGCGGAACGGAGACCGAAUGCGCUGAAGGCGAAUGCGAACAAAAGGUGGGUCAAGUCCAUCUCGAAUCGGCUACGCAAACAUCGCCAGUGUCAAAGUAUGCAAACCAGUUUGGUUGUCACUAGUACUCCGCAUUAUGAACGCAUUGCGCAGCCGGAAACAGCUGCUCCAUGCACUGUGCGCCGUUCAGAAAACAUGCACCGCUUGCAAUUCAAAGGCUUUCUCGCAGCAUUCGAUCCAUCACCGAUCGCCCCGAUCCUAGCAGCACCCCGGCCCCAGCUACCAAUACUCUACUACAUUGCUCUGCCUCUGCUUCUUGUUUGGACGUUGACCACUACACCGCGUUGGUACCCGCCUCUAGGUACAUGACU